AUGGCCCAGAAGUUUUACAGAUGUAAUAGUAGUUGUUAUUCCAAUGUAACUGAUGAUCCUGAUGUUACGUGUCCUCGGUGCCGAAUUUAUUCCAUGACCACUCAGUUGACCUUUGUGGGUGGUGGUGGUAUGUUGAAUGGGACGACGGAGGGUGGUGGUUUUGUGAAGGGGGUGGUGACUUACAUGGUUUCGGAUGAUCUGGUGGUGAAGCCAAUGUCCAAUAUAUCUAGCAUUACUAUGUUGAAUAAGUUUAAUGUGAAGGAAGUUGGUUGUCUUGAGGAAAAGGUGGUUUCUUUGAAGAUGAAAGAGGGUCUGAUGUUGCUGAAGGCCUCAUUGCAGAGCAAGAAUGUGCUUACGAGUGUGUUCCUGGAGUAA